AGCCUCUCAAGAAGACAUUUGAGGUACGCAUUUCACUUUUUCCCUUCCCCUCUGAUCUCUCAUAUCAUAUGUUAUUCAACGCCAGUCAAAUGUGCUCAGCUAUCUUUCUUUUUUGGCUAAAAUCUUCUCCUUUCCAGGUAAACGCGUGAAUUCUGUCUGUGUUUUCUCAUCAUUAGUGGCUGUACAUAGAUAUGUAUUACUGCCUACAGCUGAUCUGCUCUUUUGCUUAAUCUAAUUGCUAUGCUAUCUCCCUGCUCUAUGUCCUUUGCUUUCUUACAUGCAUCUUUUUUUUAAGUUGCAAUGUGAGCUUAAUGGGGACUCUGAUCCUAACUUUUUCAACAAAUGCUUCAUCUCUCCUCCUCUUGUUUUACUGUUACCAGUAAUUGGGGUCUUGGCUCUUCUUUUUCUGAAUUCCAUUGUCCCAUCAAAUGUAACUGCAUCAAGUAUCCUAUCAAUAGCGUUUCAUCAGAAGUAGGAAGCUAGGCAGAAUGUUCAUCAAGGCUAUCGAGCUGAAACAUUGGUGCGCUUUCUAAAAGCAAGAGAGUGGAGUGUUGCCAAAGCUCAUAAAAUGUUGGUGGACAGCUUGCUGUGGAGGGUGCAGAAUGACAUUGACAAUAUAUUAACAAAACCCAUAGUUCCUGCCGAACUUUACAGAGCAGUGCGUGAUUCACAGCUCAUAGGAAUGUCUGGCUACUCAAGAGAGGGGCUCCCGGUCGUUGCUAUUGGUGUGGGACUUAGCACAUUUGAUAAAGCAUCUGUUCACUACUAUGUGCAGUCACAUAUUCAAAUCAAUGAAUAUCGAGAUUGUGUAAUUCUGCCUUCUGCAUCAAAGAAACAUGGGCGACCCAUAACCACCUGUAUAAAAGUAUUAGAUAUGACUGGCCUGAAGCUUUCAGCACUGAGCCAAAUAAAGUUAUUGACAAUCAUCUCGACUAUCGAUGACUUGAACUACCCGGAGAAGACAAAUACAUAUUAUAUUGUAAAUGCUCCAUAUAUUUUCUCUGCUUGUUGGAAGGUUGUCAAGCCCCUUUUACAAGAGAGGACAAGGAAAAAAAUUCAAGUGUUGCCAGGUUGUGGGCGAGAUGAGCUGUUGAAGAUUAUGGAUUUCGCAUCACUGCCACAUUUCUGUAGAAAAGAAGGGUCUGGGUCAUCUCGCCAUUCAGAAAAUGAAAACUGCUUUUCGUUGGAUCAUGCUUUCCAUCAACAGCUCUACAACUACAUAAAGCAGCAGUCCUUGGUCACUGAACCCGCUCAACCCAUCAAACAGGGAUCUUUUCAUGUGGAUCUGCCUGAGCCCGCUGCAGAGGGAACAGAGAUUGCUAAAACACUAGAGUCUGAGUUGCCCAAGUUUGAGAAUGGGAAUGGGUUGUCCCGGUCGAUUAGUGGCAUCAAAAUCAAUGAUGAUUGAGACUUUUGAUUCCCAAUCAGGAUGUGGUUUAAUUCUACCAUUCCGGUAAUAGGAUAUAAUUGAAAGUAAGAGCAGCAGCUCACAUCAUCUUUAGGUGAGUCUGUGAGGAAAAAAGUUAGUACGAUGUAUGUGGUGUUAGGAAUACUAUUGUAUUAUUUAAUUUCACGGUUUUUAGUCAAAGAUGACUCGAACAGAAAAAUCUAUUUCAGCCUUGCUCAAA